UUUCAUGUAGUCGGCUGUCAAAUAGACCACCAAUUUACCGGAUUGUUUAGCUGUGUUCCGCCUAAAACUGGAUUUUUUAGUCAAGUUGAAGAUUACACAGAUUUUUUCGCCACGUUCGAAGUUUUUAUUUUGUUUUUUGUCGGUUUUAUGAAACAAAAACUUCGACGCCGGCUUCUGGCGAGCUAACGUUACGCUCGGCUAGUGAGAGCAUCCACCUCAUCACUGCUGGCGGAUUCUUCACUGCUAACGUGAGUGCCUCGGGUUGAAUAUGUACCUUUGGCUUUCAUUUCUAACCUUUUUUGUAUUUUGUUGAGACUGCUACGCGAAGAACAAUGGAGUGGACACAAGCGUACGAACAACUCACUUGAACAAAUUUGAACAUCACCAGCAAUUUUGCUGCUGGCUUCCUCGCAGCGGCGGAAAACUGACAAUUAAGUACUUUAAGCUAGCCGGUUUGCUAGCACAGCACACCGGCUAGCCAGCUAGCGUUAGGUUAGUUAGAAAUACACCAGUUUUAGUAGUGCUAGCGUUCCAGACACUUUGUAGAGGUUGUUGAGUGUAACUGAGAAGUUUAUCUCCCUGAAUUGUAACUAGUUAGGUUAGUAUUCGCGAAUAGCUCGUUUUAAUCUGCCUGAAUCGUGGGAUGCACCAGGAAGGCUCGCUGGUUUCGCCUUUACUGAGCGGAGUUUUCUGUCAGUGUCGUCCGGAAGAGUAUCACGGUUCAGACCCGGGUGGUGGAGGAGGUGGUUUUGGUAGUGGUGGACGAAGCCCAGCAGCCACGGAGAUGCGUUCCUCGGUUGAACCCAGCGAGGUGUCGGUGGAGCCGGACGCUACGGCGCAGAGCUGCUCGGUGUGUGGCGGACCAGAGCAGGAGCAUCGCUUGAAAGUGCUCUUCCAGAUCCUGGAUGUGAACAGAGACGGAGGGAUCUGUGUAAACGACCUGACCAUCGGGCUCAAAAAACUCGGAGUCCAUCGCACCGAGCAUGAACUUAUGAAAAUUGUGAAAGCUGGAGAUAAGGACCUGGAUGGCCAGCUGGACUUCGAGGAGUUUGUGCACUACCUAAGGGACCAUGAGAAGAAGCUACGUCUGGUCUUCAAAAGUCUGGACAAGAAGAAUGAUGGUUGUAUCGAUUCACAGGAGAUCAUGCAGUCACUGAGAGACCUGGGGGUGCACAUCUCAGAGCAGCAGGCUGAGAAAAUUCUGAAGAGCAUGGACAAGAACGGCACAAUGACAAUUGACUGGAAUGAAUGGCGGGAUUACCACCUGCUUCAUCCUGCUGACAAUAUCCCUGAAAUCAUCCUCUACUGGAAGCAUUCGACAAUAUUCGAUGUGGGGGAGAGUUUGAUGGUGCCUGAUGAGUUCACGGCAGAGGAAAAGAAGACAGGCAUGUGGUGGCGUCACCUAGUGGCAGGAGGUGGAGCAGGCGCAGUGUCGCGCACCUGUACCGCCCCGCUGGAUCGCCUCAAAGUUCUCAUGCAGGUGCAUGCCUCUCGUAGCAACUCCAUGUGCAUCGCAGGUGGCUUCUCUCAAAUGAUCCGUGAGGGUGGAGUUCGGUCGCUAUGGCGAGGGAAUGGCAUCAACGUCCUGAAGAUUGCCCCUGAGUCCGCCAUCAAGUUCAUGGCCUACGAGCAGAUAAAGCGGCUAAUAGGCAGCAAUCAGGAAACCCUGGGCAUUCUGGAGAGGCUAGUCGCAGGGUCUCUGGCUGGCGCUAUUGCACAGAGCAGCAUCUAUCCCAUGGAGGUUUUGAAGACUCGAUUGGCCCUGGGAAGGACGGGUCAGUACUCUGGCAUCGUUGACUGUGCCAAGCAUAUAUUUCAAAAAGAGGGUUUGGCAGCAUUCUACAAAGGCUACAUCCCCAACAUGCUUGGCAUUAUCCCUUACGCUGGAAUAGACUUGGCAGUGUAUGAGACUCUAAAGAACUCUUGGCUGCAGAGGUUUGCCACAGACAGUGCAGACCCGGGUGUGUUUGUAUUACUAGCCUGUGGCACCAUGUCCAGCACUUGUGGUCAGUUAGCCAGCUACCCCUUGGCUUUGGUUAGGACGCGCAUGCAGGCUCAAGCAGCUUCAUUGGAGGGAGGACCUCAGAUGACCAUGAGUGGCUUGUUCAGGCACAUUGUGCGGACGGAGGGGGCAAUGGGGCUCUACCGAGGUCUGGCCCCCAACUUCAUGAAGGUCAUUCCUGCAGUCAGUAUCAGCUAUGUAGUAUAUGAGAAUCUAAAAGUCACCCUGGGGGUCCAGUCCCGGUGAGAGCAUCAGGCAAACUCAGAACUUUUUUCCUUAUUUUUUUCCAUUUUUUAAAUUUUCAUCGGGAUCUGAAGUGGGGUCAAUGAAAGGAGGCCCCGAAACAAGAUGAGAAAGGAAUGAGAAAUCCUGGGUGACGAGACCUGAGGUUUGAGGCAAUGUUGUCAUUCUGUGAAUGCCAGAAGGGACAAGGAGAGUAAGAGUAGAGCUAGCGUAAGAAUCCAGACCAGAAGUUUGAGAAAGAAGACCAGUUUCUCUCUUACAUGUGGACUCUCUUUUAUGGAAUUGGAUGAAAUUUUGGGAUCCUACAUCUACUCUUCCAAACAUCACACCCAAAGGUCGAGGCUCUUUUGCACUCUGAUCAUCAAACUGUAGUUGCCUGUGUUUCACUCGGGACCAAGAAUAUGCAUGUCUGUUUGCCACAGACUGAAGGACUGCUCAUAGUUUUGGAAAGCUGCUCAAGGGUCACCCUCUUAUAAUUCCAGUAGGUGGCAGUGUUGGACAACUAAAAGCUUAAGACCAACAUUAUCCACAUGCACCAGAUCCUACCCUGCCUUGGAUUUUUAUUUUGCAUUGUCAUGUUUAUUUAAGCACUACUUUUUAUAUUAUAAUUUUGUUUAUAUAAUUUAUUAACCUAAUGAAUUUUUAGGU